CUUCUCAAGGCUGUGGAGGCGGGAGCCGCUGCGGGCGGCGAGGACAUGGAUCUGAACAAGAUGUUCAUGGGAAUGAUGGAGCAGCUCUCGAACAAGGAGAUGCUGUACGAGCCGAUGAAGGAGCUGCACAGCAAGUUUGGCCCCUGGCUGGAGGAGAACCGAACCAAGGUGUCGGCCGAGGAUCUGGCCCGGUACGAGACCCAGGCGCGGGUCGUCAGGGAAAUCGUGGCCAAGUUUGAGGAGGAGGGAUAUUCGGACGACAAGCCGGAGUGUCGGGCGUAUAUUUGGGACCGGAUGCAAGAGGUAGAUAGAGCCUUUAUCUUUCUUACCAACGUUUUGGUUUUGACAACAGUCGCUGACUACAUUUUCUGUCCACAGAUGCAAGCUGCCGGAAGUCCGCCCGACGAUCUCAUCGCCAAUCCACUCAUGGAAGAGCUGAAGGGCACAGCUGGAGAUGGACAGGCACCUCCAGACUGUCCACAGCAGUAG